AUGAAGUUCAAGGAUCUCUCCUUCCAAGACAAGCACUGGCAUGAGGCCUGUUUCCUGUGCAGUCAGUGCCAAAAGAGCCUUUCGGACAAGCCAUUUGCCACCAAGGACAACAGCAUCUACUGUCCGGACUGUUAUGAUGAGAAGUUCGCCGCGCGCUGUGACGCCUGUGGCAAAACCUUCAAGGCGGCCAUGCGCAAGUACGAGUACAAGGGCGGUGCCUGGCACGAGGAGUGCUUCCUCUGCAGCGAGUGUAAACAACCCAUUGGCACGAAGAGUUUCAUUCCUCGCGGUGAUGCCAUCGUCUGCAUUGCCUGCUAUGAGGACAAAUUUGCCCAGAAGUGUGAAAAAUGCAAACAGCGAUCCCUGAAAGUGUAUCAACGAGACACCAAACUUGGUCCCUUUCAGGAUUUCGAGUCGUCUCUGCCUCCGGUCUGGUGGCGUGACUUUCGAGGACAUUGA